AUGAAAAUACGUGAGAAUAUUCUCGAACGCACGAAAAUUCGAAGCUCGGAGGUACAACAACUCAUUGAAAAAUGUUAUGCGUUUAUGAUUUCGAACUCCUUCACGUUUCAACUUUUGGAUCCUAAUAGAUACACUUCUUAUGAUAAUGGUGACAGCUGGUGUUGUCCUCUUAUUUACUUUCGUGGAAGUGAUUUGGAAAUUCUUCAAAAGGGAUUCCUGGGUAAAAUUUACCAUUUUAGGAGUCAGUUCGUUUGUGCUCUUGAUAUUCGCAUUCGUGCCAAAAGUUCGAUCACGACCAAUUGGUGUCUAUAUCAUGCUUUCAAUUGUAAUCGCAAUGUGGUCUGUGGUAUUGGCUGCUCUUUUGUCACCUGUUGGACUGAAAGCUGGACUCAUAUCUCUGGCCUGUAUACUUGUGGUGGAAAUUCCAAUAAUUGUGACGGCUUCGCUCUUGCCUCGAAUGAACGGGAAGGGGUUGGUAGUGUUUUACUCUGUGGCAUGGACGUUGGCGAUUGUGGGAGUCAUUUUGACCCUUUUCUAUGUGUUUUUCCAACAACAAAUAAUUGUCUUUACGGCAGUAGCUUUCUGGAUAUUAUACCCACUCUUCUUAUUGUUCAAUUGUGUCAAUAA